GCGGCGGCUGAGAACCACCCCAGACAGCUUGGAGACAUCCGGGCCGGCACGUUCCAAGCAUCAGCGUCCUGUCCACACUCCACCAAGUGAUCCAGCAGCCGCCACUGCGCAAUUGAUUUCAAGCAAGUGGGAGUACCGCCUACUUAUCCGUACGUACCUAAGCAGGGACCUCCCCGACUGGCAGCCUGCGUCGAGGCUGCUUCCCCGACGUCAGCGCGUGGAGAAAAAGCAACAUCCCUCCAUCCUCAGCAGGGCCGCCCGCCAGCCCGCAUUCUCGACACCCCGUCCCCCAGCUUUCCCGCCUCGACUGGUUCACUCGUGUGGAUUCCGUCUCGGCACGCAAUCGUGCGCGGUGAAACCACGACAGACAUGUAUCACCAACGCACAGAGGCCCAAUCAUAGACGCAUCCGCAAAAGCGCCGGCCUCAGAUGAUGAGCCCCCACAGCCCGAUCCGUAUCGUUUGCCAUGGCACCUCCUCCGGCCAAGCGUCGCCGCCGGAAUGUCCUGCCCUCGUCUUCAGAUGACGAAGACACUGCGUCCCGGAACGGCCCCAACACACUCAGUCGAUACCUAGUCGCCUCUCCCGAAAAGUCGUCCGUCAAGCCGGUCCAGGACGGCUCACCAACGCGGCCAGGCCUCGUCUCUCGGCCUCUGCGGACCUCGACAGCCGGCAAUGCCGGGGGUAGCCCCAGCCGACGAUCGAAUGGCAAGAGAAGCGCUACAAAUAGCCCUGCCAAGACGAGGAGCCGCGAUGCCAUCAGCACUGGCCGCCCAGACCCCACGAAACCGAGGAAUGGCGACCUCAAGUCGCUCUUCUCAAAGCAGGCAGAACGUGCCCCAGCAUUGUCGCAUGCCCAGCUCGAAGACAUAGUCAGCGACCCUAUCUCGGAUGGCGACGGCGACGGCGACAUCUUCGUGGCAAGCACCGCCAGCCGAAUUGGACAGAAUGCAAAGAAGAGGCUCAAGGACGGUUCACAGCCCGUCUCCUCCUCUACUUCCCAUGGUCAGCCGACAGGCAGUCAGAUGUUCGUUCGCCCCGUGCGGCCAACUCAGGAUGCAGUGCCAGAUAAUGAGCAGCGCCCGUGGUCUGAACGAUUCGGUCCUGUCAGUCUUGAAGAGCUCGCUGUGCAUAAGAAGAAGGUUGCCGAUGUGAGGGCCUGGCUCGAGGGCGUGAUUGCUGGUCGCCUACGGCAGAGACUGCUGGUGUUGAAAGGCGCCGCCGGUACAGGGAAAACCACGACCAUGCGCCUGCUCGCCAAAGACAUGAAAUGUGAGCUUCUCGAGUGGCGGAAUCCAACAGGUGCGCUUGCGUCUGGACCUGGCGUCCUCUCAGCGUCGGCACAAUUUCAAGAGUUUCUCGGCCGAAGCGGCAAGUUCUCGCAACUCGACAUCGGGACAGCUGAUGAUGACGAGCAGAGCGACUCCAAGGUCAAGUCGAUGGCGCCGCCGCCGAACAGAAAGUCCAGUGACACUAAGAGGAAGAUCAUCCUGGUCGAGGAGUUUCCGAACACCUUCGCGCGGUCAUCCACAGCCCUGACCUCAUUCCGCAACGCGCUGCUGCAAUACCUCAUUGCAAACACGCCCUCACUGGCCGCCUUUGGACAGCAGACUUCCUCAGAGCCCAUAACACCCGUCGUGCUUGUCAUCUCGGAAACCCUGCUCACCACAACAUCGGCAUCAGCGGACAGUUUUACGGCACAUCGCCUGCUUGGUCCCGAGAUAUCUCGACAUCCGGGAACGUGCAUCAUCGAGUUCAAUGCCAUCGCCCCCACAUUACUGGCUGCGGCGUUAGAGCUAGUCGUGCAGAAGGAGGCACGGAAGUCUGGGCGCCGGAAGACGCCUGGGCCCCUGGUUCUGAAGAGGCUAGGCGAGAUUGGGGACAUUCGAAGUGCAGUCUCCUCGCUAGAGUUUCUGUGUCUCAAAGGUGACAAUGAAGCUGACUGGGGUUCCAAGGUUGCCUUCACCAAGCCCAAGAGAGGUGCGAAGAGCGGUGUUGCCCUGACCAAAGGCGAGGUGGACAGCCUGGAGCUCAUCUCGCAGCGCGAGUCUAGUCUCGGCAUUUUCCAUGCGGUGGGCAAGAUUGUGUACAACAAGAGAGAAGACCUAUCCAUGAGUUCGCAGACACCGUCAGGCCUGGCGGAGUCCCUGCCCAGCUACUUGUCGCACAACUCCCGUCCCAGGCGGUCCGAAGUCGCUGUUGACGAACUUAUAGACGAGACCGGUACCGACAUCCAGACCUUUGUGUCUGCCUUGCACGAGAACUAUGCUCUCUCAUGCGAGGCCACAAGUCCUUCCGAUCCAAAUUCAAGUCUGGAUUACCUCAACAACUGCCUCGACUAUCUCUCUGAUAGCGAUCUGUUGAGCCCCUCGUGGGACGUCUUCUUUGGUGGAUCGGGCUAUGGAGGAAGGGAUUCCGCCAGCCACGCACUGCGACAGGAUGAGAUUGCAUACCACGUGGCAACACGCGGGCUACUGUUCUCCUUGCCAUACCCCGUGAAACGUGCCAAAGCCUCGGGCCGCCCAGGAGGCGACGCAUUCAAGAUGUUCUAUCCGACCAGUAUCAAACUGUGGAGGGGCAAGGAAGAGCUAGAGGGCCUCGUUGACCACUGGGCGACGAGUCUACUACGAGGCGAUGAGAGCACUAGGAAGCUGACGGAAGGUGCCUCGGCAUUCAAGAAGCCCGUCACAGGCGACAGCGGCGAUUGGAUCAGCCGGCAAGCAUCUCAGCAGCGGCGCAACGGCACACAGCAGUCUACCAACCACGGCCAAGGCCAAGGCCAGUCUGCAGGCAGCCCAUUGUUGUCUUUGGGCAGCUCUGCACGUCGGGAGAUGCUGCUAGAGCGACUGCCUUAUAUGGCGCACAUGGCCCGGAGGCGCAAGCUGACGUUAAGCAGUGCCCGGCUGCGCGAGCUUGAGAAAGUGGUGUCCUUCACGGGUAUCGGCCCACCGGCGAACGAGGCAGACGAGGAUGGAGCGGAACCCGCGCCAGCAGGAGCAGCAUCAUCGGAGUCGUGGGCUACAGACCGGCCUACCGAGGAGUCGUCGCCGCGCAAGAAGAGGACUGGGCUCGGCAUCCGUCAGAAGCCGGAUGACGCUGUCGAGAGCAGUCUGAUGACAGUUCAGAAGCUCGUCCUGAGCGAUGACGAUAUCGAGGAUUAAUAUAUAUAUAUGUAGUCCUUGGUCGGCCAAUGGUGCUGGGAAGCCGCCUAAAAUCUGACACAAAUCUUCACGGGGCGCAGGAGUUUGGUGGAGUACAUCAAUGAGAUCUGGCAACUUUGACUUUUGUUUGUUCUCUUCCGGUGGGGAGGGUUUCAUUUUUUGGCCACGGGCGGCGCGCUUUUCGGAGCGGGAGCGAUUCACACAACGGCAUUCCCUUUUUUUUUUUAGCGAACGUCGGGGUUCUAUGCUCGGCACGGCGUCACCGGAAUCUCAAAAGGGUUUCUGAUAAUCAGGGGCAAGCAUAUCCCAUUACUGUAGAGUAGAUGAAGGCAUUUCGAACAUAAUCAAAAAACGACACGAAGUUGCCGUGAACUCAGAGCACGCACAUUCCUGCGC